GGGCGGAAGGCAGCGCAGCGACAGCAGCUCCUAUAAUCAACAGACGGACAGGAUCGCCGAAAAAAGAAAAAGAAAACGCGCAACAAACUACAGAAAACUACCCAUCCUCUCACCUCCGCGGUUUGAAAACUCUUUCCCUCCCAGCCACUUCGCAGCGCCGCUCCUCCGCUGAAAAAGGUGCGCUUGGUUCGAUUCCCUCCCGACCGGCGCUCGCGUCCAGGUGAUCGCAGACGGCCGCACGGACAGCGCGCGGACUGGAGACCAUGGCAGACUCGGCGGCGGCCAACAGCGACGGGGAGGACGGACCCCGCCAGCCAGUGCGCGGCUUCGCGCGCCAAGGGGCGCUCCGGCAGAAGAACGUGCACGAGGUGAAGGACCACAAAUUCAUCGCGCGCUUCUUCAAGCAGCCCACCUUCUGCAGCCACUGCACCGACUUCAUCUGGGGUUUUGGCAAGCAGGGAUUUCAGUGUCAAGUGUGUUGUUUUGUGGUCCACAAACGCUGCCAUGAGUUCGUCACGUUCUCCUGUCCAGGUGCCGACAAAGGACCUGCCUCAGACGACCCGAGGGCAAAGCAUAAGUUUAAGAUCCACACCUACUCCAGCCCGACCUUCUGUGACCACUGUGGCUCUCUCCUCUACGGCCUCAUACACCAGGGCAUGAGAUGUGACCACUGUAUGAUGAACAUCCACAAGCGAUGUGUGGCUAACGUGCCAAGCCUGUGUGGGACUGACCACACCGAGAGGAGAGGUCGCCUCCAGAUCACGGCCGAGGUUAAGACCAACGUUCUCACUGUUACCAUCAAAGAGGGAAAGAAUCUAGUUCCAAUGGACCCCAACGGGCUGUCAGACCCCUAUGUGAAGCUUAAACUGAUUCCAGAUCCCCGCAGCGAGAGUAAACAGAAGACCAAGACUAUAAAGUGCAGCCUCAACCCCACCUGGAAUGAGACCUUUAAAUUCCACCUGAAGGAGUACGAUAAGGACCGCCGUCUGUCGGUGGAGGUGUGGGACUGGGACCUGACCAGCCGUAAUGACUUCAUGGGAUCGCUGUCCUUUGGCAUCUCAGAGCUCCAGAAGCAAGGGGUGGAUGGAUGGUUUAAGCUGCUCUCCCAGGAAGAGGGCGAGUACUUCAACGUUCCUGUUGCUCUGGAGGGGGAGGAGGGCAACGAGGAGCUGCGGCAGAAAUUUGAGAGGGCUAAGAUCGGUCCGGGCAAAAACACAGACGGCAAGUCGGCCAACGCCGCGUCUCGGUUCGACUCCAAUGGCAAUCAAGACCGCAUGAAGCUGUCUGACUUCAACUUCCUGAUGGUGCUGGGCAAGGGAAGCUUCGGCAAGGUGAUGCUGGCGGAGCGGAAAGGAACCGAGGAGCUGUACGCAAUAAAGAUCCUGAAGAAGGACGUCGUGAUCCAGGACGAUGACGUUGAGUGCACCAUGGUGGAGAAGAGAGUUUUAGCGCUGGCCGGAAAACCCCCGUUCCUGACGCAGCUGCACUCCACCUUUCAGACUAUGGACCGUUUGUAUUUUGUCAUGGAGUACAUAAACGGGGGAGAUCUCAUGUAUCAGAUCCAGCAGGUCGGCAAGUUCAAAGAGCCCCAUGCUGUAUUCUACGCAGCGGAGAUAGCCAUUGGUCUGUUUUUCCUGCAUCUAAAGGGCAUCAUCUACAGAGAUCUGAAGCUGGACAAUGUCAUGCUGGACUGUGAGGGUCACAUUAAGAUCGCGGACUUCGGUAUGUGCAAAGAAAACAUGCUGGAUGGAGUCACCACCAAGACCUUCUGUGGGACACCCGACUACAUCGCUCCUGAGAUUAUAGCCUACCAGCCGUAUGGGAAAUCAGUGGACUGGUGGGCCUUUGGAGUCUUGCUGUACGAGAUGUUGGCUGGACAGCCUCCAUUUGACGGCGAGGAUGAAGAUGAGCUAUUUCAGUCCAUCAUGGAGCAUCAUGUCUCCUACCCCAAGUCAAUGUCCAAGGAAGCUGUCGCUAUCUGCAAAGGGCUGAUGACAAAGCAUCCAGCGAAACGACUGGGCUGCGGUCCUGAAGGGGAGCGAGACAUCAGGGAGCACAGCUUCUUCCGUUACAUGGACUGGGAGAAACUGGAGAACAAGGAGGUGCAGCCGCCUUUCAAACCCAGAGCCUGCGGACGUGAAGCCGAGAACUUUGACCGUUUUUUCACUCGCCACCCGCCGGUGCUGACCCCUCCUGACGAGGAAGUGAUUCAGAACUUGGAUCAAGACGAGUUCCAGGGAUUCUCCUUUAUCAACCCGGAGUUCCCAGGAGCCGCUGCUACCUGCCCUGCAGAGCAGGCUUGAUUCCCUGAUUUCAGCUUCUGCAUGGGCACAUGGAGACACACACACACACACACACACACACACACGCACACACACACAUCAUUAUAUCCUGGAAAUUAUUUGUGUGACAGCCGUCAAAAUGUCAUUAACCUGAAACAGAAUUUUCAGAUUUGGUCUCCUCUCCGUUGCCACCCUGAUGAAGUGUUGAUCCCGUUUGAGGACUAAAAAUAUACGAUUGCAUGUGUUGUAGCACUCUCGUGGAAAUAGCAAACUGCUUUCAAACAAAACGAUCAUGCUUGUAAAGCAUGCAACCAAAUUACUGCUACAAGUGGGAUUCACAGUUGACUUUUUCCUUAGCUUUGAUUUCCAGGGUCUUAUUGCUUUGAGCCAAUGGAGUAUAAUCUUAUGCAUGACACAGUACGUGACAUUUGAAGAAAAAUGAUUUGCCACAUGCUUUUUUUUUCUUUUCUUUUUCUUUUUUUUUAAUCAGGCUUAUUUUGCAUUUAUGGUAAUUCUCUGCUCCCCUGCAGUGUGAACAAAGAGUGUGUGUUUAAUUUACCAUUCCAUGAUCAAAAAAAUGCUUCAAAAUUAACUGUGGCCUUUUGCAUUUCACCAAUUCUUCACUUUAAAAUGGGGGGGGGGGAAUGUUCACACAAUUACAAAACCGUAUCUGUGAAAACAGGACGUUUUUAAAAGAUGGGUAACGUUACUGCAGAGUAUUGUUCCCACAACCGUCUGAGCAACAACUGCAAGAUUUGAUGUGUAAACUAGCUUCAGCUUCCAUGUUAUGACUUUUAUGUUGGGUGAAUUUUGACUUUUAACUUUUCCUUUGUUCAUUCCAUGGUUGUUCCGGCACAUGUUGGUUAGGCCUGCAAUCUGUGUGUGCUUUUUAUCGAGUGUACAAUAAUAUUAGUGUCUUUUUAUCCUUAUCUUAGCGAAAACUGGAAUGCUUGACAUACAUGCAUGAGUUGCUAUAUCAGAAGUUUCCCAGGACCUUCUCUCCCUGCUGCAUUUUAGCAUCUCAGAAAGCGUUGCUUGAUCAAUAGGUGGGGUAAUACGAGUAAAAUGCAGCAAGGAAAUGUAGUUUUUUUAUAGAAGGUUUGAGUCAGUAAAAUACACAAUACUAUUUAUUAUACUCCUAUUAUCUAGUAUUUAAGCAAUGAAAGAGACUAGCGGUUUCUUAGUGUUUUACAAAAGCAUGAUUCCAAUACCUGGGUGUUUGUUUACAGUGUGUGUAUGCGCCUGCACAUCAAUGUUUUAUACGUGUGAACGAGCACUGUGUGUGAAAGUGCACAUUUGCGAUGGGACGCAUGUCCUCGCUGCCUUCGCAGCGUCUUGCCUGGCCUCGUGUUUACGUUCGUUGGUAUGACCGUUUCAGCAGCCUCCCGUCAUAUCAGGCAGUAUUAGGAUCAUCCACUUUAUCUCUGGGGAUUGAUUGAUUAUAUUUCAUUUAAAAUUUAAAAGAAAAUUUUGAUUUAACAUUUUUAGAUUGCAGGAGUUGCGUUCCUAAAUUUUUAUUCUCUUUUCCUUAUUUUCGACUGCUAAUUUAAAUCUUAAAUUUCCUAGAAAGUCUCUGAGCCCUGCGAGGGUCUUUUACUCUGUUUUUAAACUGCAGAGUCGAAGCCUGUGCUUCUAAAAAAAAAAAAAAAAAAAAAAAAAAAAAACUGAAAUGUUCUUAGUAUUGACUAAAGUAAAAUCUAAUGAAUGGGAUCAAUAUGUUGUGUGACUUAGAGUUCCGGUCAAGCUUUUUGCAGCAGUGUCUUCACUCAGAGUGGUCGGUGUCUUUCAAGUUGCCCUCUCUUUGUGUGUGUGAUGGUAAUUUCCAUCCCAACAUCUGUUUUCUGUGUGGACACAAGUCAAAAUGAGAUUUCCUGAAGCAGAAAAACAGACUGAGAAGAGGAUAAAUAGCUAUAAGUUAAAACAAUUUACAGAUGUGGUAAAGGCAUCUGUCCAGCUUUUUAACUGUACUUUACGUCUCAACGAGUGUGUCCACACACACAUAUCCAUGACUGAAAAUGUGGGUUUGGUAGUUGUAAUGAUAGAUGCUGAGUCCAGAGGGAAAAAAAAAACCUGACCAGUGUCAGAGUUCAGUUCCAGUCGGACUGGGUUCUGUUAGGUUAAGAAAAGUAUUGUUUUACAUCUAAGACCUUUAAAGCACAUUAGACGCUACAGUAAAACACGCCACAGUUCUGACCACCAAGCUGUUCCAUUCAACACCACAGACAGUAGUUCAGGAAGUCCACAGCUACCAUUAACCGUCUGCUUCUAAAUCAUAGCUAGUCUUCUGAUUUAAUUCACUCUCUUUUGGUCUGAUCAGAAAGUUCAUCUCCCGCUCCGUCGCAUCUUGGCACCACUGCUAGUUGAUGAGUUGGCAAAUUAUUAGCAUACUCCUAAAAAGUUAAUUCCUGCUUCUAGUUCUGUUGUUUUCUUGCACCUGGAUUGAUUUUUUUUAACAUGAUCAUUAAUUGGCAGUGCUGUAUGUUGCUGUUGCCGCUGUCUUGAGGCACGUUUGCUUCAAUUUUCCUCAGGUCUGACUGUGUUUGGGCGCCACUUCGCAUUUUUCUUUCUUUUUUCCAGUGAAAAUUGAGCUGCAGAAACGCAGCCUUACAGUUUUUCUUUAUUUGAACACUUAUCUGGUGUGGCGAGAGACGUGUCAGUCACCACCGCCAUGGCUGUGGACGCGAUCUUAUCAGCAAGGUAAUAACAGACAUCUCAGAAUAUCAUUAGGAAAGAUCAGAGCUCAAUAGCGGAUCUAUCGCAGAGAACAGCCGCCCUGAUGGACUCUCACUUCCCCGAGCUUAUAGCAAUCUUUUGCUUUAUUUUUACUGGGCUAUGCCCUGAGAAAGGGUUAGUAGAAAUACUAAUGUCCCCCAAAGCCCUGUCAGGAAAUCACAGUGGAAAAGUCAGCAUUGAGGAUUAUUAUAUCCUUUGGUGACUUUGCUGCAGAAUAGGUUCACACAGAACCUCCUAUUAACACUUAAAUAGAUCAUGUUCGAGGAUCUUUGGAGGGUAAGUAGUGAUUUUCCAUCUGGACAUGGUGGGUCCUGCCAGCUAUCUCCUGUGUUCCUUUUUUAACCCGCUCGUGUGUUUUUAUAACCGGAUGAACCCCAUUAACCCCAAACCGCCCGUUGUGUUGCGCCCCUUCGUCAGUAUUUAUUUCAGUCACUGUAUCCUGCAUUUUAACAGCAAGAGCAUAUACUUAACACAUAUAUACCUAUACAUAAACAUAUAUUAGUGUCAAAUGUUGAUAUUUACCAGUUAUUCUACAUGUGGUCAGUAUUUAGAGGGAGGAGAAGAGGAAGGGUCGUACUCCUGGAUUGGUGUUUCCGUUUCCACGAUUUUGUUCUUACUGAAGGAAAAGAUAAAUGAACUGCAUGAGAAAAAAAAAGAGCUUUCGUUUGACCUUAUUAGAUACAACUUAUAUGCAUUUAACAUAUUAGGAUGGUCCAUGUUCCCUGUGUCAGCAGUGCUUCAAAGGUGUGAUCCAAGCUAUUGUUUAUGUGCGCUGUGUGGAAAAUACAUAUUUAUAUCGGAAAAAAAGAAGAAAAAAAAUGCUUUUCACAAUGCUUUCCAUGUGCCAAAUUUUUGUUUUUCUUUUUUGUUUUCCA